CAGCUGACCAGCUCACAUGACGCAGCCUGUCUGUGCAAGUAAGAUCAUCUCUCCUCCGUGAAACCGGACCGUGUAGAUCGUGAUGGCGGGUCGCGGGAAGCUGAUCGCCGUUAUCGGGGACGAGGACACUUGCACGGGCUUUCUGCUCGGCGGGAUCGGGGAACUGAACAAGAACCGGAAACCGAACUUCUUGGUGGUGGAGAAGGACACUAGCAUCACGGAAAUCGAGGAGACCUUCAAGAGUUUCCUGGCUCGGAACGACAUCGGCAUCAUCCUGAUAAAUCAGUUUGUGGCUGAGAUGAUCCGCCAUGCCAUUGACGCCCACAUGCAGUCCAUCCCGGCUGUCCUGGAGAUCCCAUCCAAAGAGCAUCCAUAUGACGCGUCCAAGGACUCCAUCCUGCGCCGCGCCAAGGGGAUGUUCUCAGCUGACGACUUCCGAUAAACAUCCACCGUUAAUAUGCUUCCCCAUCGAUUAGAUUAGAUCAGCUGUGUGUCCAUGAAUGCAUUGAUCUGCUGUGGUUCCUCUCUGAAACAACCUGUGGUCCUGUGACAGUCCUGUGUCCUGGUGUUUUCCUCUUCAGUCUUAAUUUAUAAACUCUGUUGGAUGAAUUAAAGAUGUUGUUGGUUGUGAA